AUGGCGCCAAAACAGGCAACGCUGGGCAAGUUUUUUGGCCAGGCGAAUGGGACCAAGGGGAAGCCGGCGCCGACUCAGCAGACGAAGUUGAGUUUCUCGACGAAGGCGAGCGAUAAUGCCAAGAAGACUGUUAAAGAGGCCUCUGCCUCUGCGGAGGAAGAGGAGGAGGAGGAUGAGGAGGAGGUUGAGAAGGUUGAGUCAGAUAAAGAGGCGAGCAAAAAGAGAGGACGGCUUACAAAAUCGGCUGCGGCUGCGAAAAAGGCCAAAAAGGAACCUGUUGAGGAGGAAGACGCCGAGGUAGUAGCCCCUGCCAGCAAGCGGCCGAGAAGGGGAAGAAAGGUCGUUGAGGACGAUGAGGACGAAGCCAUGGAAGAUGCGCCAACACCAGAGCCCAAGAAGUCUAAGAAGUCUGCUUCCCCGAAGCCGAAAUCACCGCGGAAGGACACCGAGACAACACCGGCCAUGAAAACAAAGGCCGAGGAAGAUACUCCUGAGUCGUCUUCCGAGGUUGAAGAAGAGGGAUCUCAAAGCGAGGGAGAAAAGCCCGGAGUUGCGGCUAAGGCGCGCCAAAAGGUUCAGGCCAGCCUCAAGUCGGAAGUCAAGCAUCCAUAUCCGGAUUGGAAAAAGGGCGAGCCAGUACCCUACGCUGCCCUCUGCACUACCUUUUCCCUGGUGGAGCUCACCACCAAGAGGCUUGAGAUCAUGGCGCACUGCUCCCUCUUCCUGCGCCAGGUUUUACGGCUUACACCAGAUGACCUCCUACCGACCGUUUUACUCAUGAUUAACAAACUCGCCCCUGAUUACGCCGGUAUCGAGCUCGGCAUCGGCGAGUCGCUAAUCAUGAAGGCGAUAGGCGAGUCGACUGGACGCAGCUUGGCAGUCAUUAAGCAGGAUCAGAAGGAGAUUGGCGACCUCGGCCUGGUUGCCGUCAAAUCAAGGUCAACCCAGCCCACCAUGUUCAAGCCCAAGCCGCUCACGGUACAGGGCGUCCUCAAGGGACUUAUGGGAAUCGCCACGAUGACUGGCAACGGCGCGCAGGGCAAAAAGGUGGACGGCAUCAAGAAGCUCCUAUCGGCGGCGGAUUCGACUGGAAACCGUAAGGUAGACAUCACCAAGGACAAGGGCGGCCCAAGCGAGGCCAAGUACAUUGUUCGUUUCCUAGAAGGCAAGCUGAGGCUUGGGCUAGCCGAAAGGACAGUUAUUGUCUCGUUAGCGCAGGCCAUGGUGGCGCACGAGGCGGCCCAAAAGGGCGUGGCGCCGAGCACGGGUGAUAUUGAGAAGGGGGAGUCGAUUCUCAAGGCUGUUUACAGCGAACUGCCUAGCUACGAUGUCAUCAUCCCCGCGAUGGUGGAGCACGGAAUCCAGAACCUUAGAGAGCACUGCAAGCUAAGGCCUGGUGUCCCCCUCAAGCCCAUGUUGGCGAAGCCUACCAAGGCCAUCACCGAAGUCCUUGACCGCUUUGAAAACCAGACCUUCACAUGCGAGUAUAAAUAUGACGGUGAGAGAGCUCAGAUUCACUACGUCGCCAAGGACACGGACGAGGAGCUCAGCCAGUCGGCGAUGAACGCCACCAAGGAGGUCGGCAAAGGUGUGGCUGCCAUUUUUUCGAGAAACUCGGAAGAUCUGUCCAAGAAAUAUCCCGACGUUCUCGCCAAGCUUCCCACCUGGGUCAAGGAAGAUACCAAGAGCUUUGUCCUGGAUUGCGAGUCGGUCGCGUGGGAUGUCGAGGAGAAGAAGGUCCUUCCCUUCCAGCAGCUCAUGACGCGGAAGAAGAAGGAUGUCAAGGUGGAAGAUGUCAAGGUCAAAGUGUGCGUGUUUGCCUUUGACCUGCUCUACCUGAACGGGGAGGCGGUCGUGAAGAAGUCCCUGAGGGAGCGCCGCGAGCUGCUCCACAAGUCUUUCCAGCCCAUUGAGGGCGAGUUCUCCUUUGCCACAUCCAUGGACGGCCAAGAACUUGAUGAUAUCCAGACGUUCCUAGACGAAUCAGUCAAGGCCUCCUGCGAGGGUUUGAUGGUCAAGAUGCUGGAUGGCGAAGAGACUAACACCGACCAGAUCAAGAAGGAUUACCUCUCCGGCAUCGGCGACUCACUGGAUCUCGUCGUUCUCGGUGCCUACCACGGCAAGGGCAAACGCACCUCAGUCUACGGCGCGUUCCUUCUGGCUUGUUACAACCCGUCUACCGACACAUACGAGACGGUGUGCAACAUUGGCACGGGCUUUAGCGAAGCGGUGCUCGAGGAGCUACACGGCUCGCUCUCCCAGAUCGUCAUCGACCGCCCCAAGCCCUUCUACGCGCACAGCUCCGGCGGGCAACACCAGCCCGACGUCUGGUUCGAGCCGAAGUAUGUCUGGGAAGUCAAGACAGCUGAUCUGACGCUCAGUCCGCGGUACAAGGCGGGUAUGAAGGAGGGCGUUGACCCGGGAGGUGAAAAAGGUAUCAGUCUACGGUUCCCCAGGUUCAUCAAGAUUCGUGACGACAAAAAGCCAGAUGAGGCGACCAGCAGCCGGCAGGUGGCUGAGAUGUACCGGAAGCAAGAGAGCGUGGCCAAGAGCAAGGGGCCGGCAGUGGAUGAUGAUUUUGAGUAUUAA